AUGGAAUUCCGCGGGGGACCGUCGCGCGGCGGCGGCGGCGGCGGCGGCGGGAAAAAAACGUACAAAGCCACGGACGAGGAAGAGACCGAGAUCGCGUUCGAGCUCGGCUUGUACACGUACGCGAACGAUGACGAGAAACGCUUCCUCCCCGAGCGUUACGACGAAGGCGCGUACUUGGUCAUCCGCAACAUGAUCCUCGCGCGAUGGCGCGCGGACCCGAGCGCGUACGUGUCCGUCGAGCACGCGUGCGGCUUCGUGAUGGACAAAUGGAAGCCGCUCGUCCACGCGGCGCAUCGCUUCUUAACCUCGCGCGGGUACAUCAACUUCGGCGUCGGGUUCGCGACGAACUACCUGACGCCCGGUUCGGCGAAGGGAACGUGCGUCGUCGUCGGCGCCGGGCUCGCCGGGCUCGCGGCGGCGAGGCAGCUGAUGAGCUUCGGCCAUCGCGUCGUCGUCGUCGAGGGGCGGGACCGACCGGGCGGGCGCGCGUGGACGACGAAGCUGUCCGGGACGGACCCGAAGACCGGGGAGGUGAAGACCGCGGUCGGGGAGAUGGGCGGGAGGCGCGUUCUAUCUCACACUGGUCCCCAUACGACCGCCGGCAACCCGCUGUGCGUCGUCGCGAGGCAGCUGGACGUCCCGUUCCACGACAUACGAGGGACCUGCCCGCUGUACGCCGAGGGUGGCGGCGCGAGGGCGGACGCGGCGACGGACGAGAAGAUCGAGAGGGAGUACAACGAAGCGCUGGCGGAGUGCACGCGCAAGAGGUUGGCGUUUGGGUCGUCCGACGAUGAGGGGAUCUAUCGCACGCGGACCGCCGCGGAUUUGAUAUCGUUAGGGGGGGCGAUCGAGGAGUUCAGGAGAGAGCGGAAGCCGACGCCGACGCGGGAGGAGAGCGACUUGUUCGAUUGGCACCUCGCGAAUUUAGAAUUCGCGAACGCCGCGCGGUUGGACGUCUUAUCCAUGGGGCAGUGGGACCAGGACGAUCCGUACGACUUCGAGGGGAACCACGUGUUCUUACGAGGCGGGAACGGGCGCAUCGUCAGCGCGCUCGCGAGGGACGUGCCCGUGUUUUACAACCACGACGUGUGUUCCGUGUCCUAUCCGGGCGAAGGCGGCGCCGACGACGGCGAAGGCGUCGUCGUUCGAUGCGCCAAUGGCCGGAGCUUCGGCGCGGACGUCGCGCUCGUGACCGUCCCGCUCGGGGUUCUGAAGAAGGAGAUCAUCGCGUUCGACCCGCCGCUGCCGGAGCGUAAGCUCCGGGCGAUCGCGAACCUCGGGUUCGGGGUGUUGAACAAAGUCAUCCUGCUCUUUCCCGAGGUGUUCUGGGACACGACCCACGACACGUUCGGAUACGUCCGCAAGUGCGACGGCGACAGCAAAAAGCGCGGGAGAUACUACAUGUUCUACAACUACGCGGGCCUGAGCGGCGGCGCGACGCUCGUCGCGCUCGUCGCCGGCGACGCCGCGCUCGAGAUGGAGUCAGGCGCGUUCUAUACACUGGACGCGGUGAAAGGCGCGAUGGACGUCUUACGCGACAUCUUCACGGUGGGGCAAAACGUGCCCGUCCCGGACCCGCUCGACGCCGCGUGCGUGCGCUGGGGCGGCGACCGCCACGCGUUCGGGUCGUACAGCAACAUCAGCGUCGGCGCGACCGGGGAGGAUUACGACCAUCUCGCGUCGACGGUGGGCGAUCGUUUAUUUUUCGCCGGCGAGGCGACGAACAGGAUGCACCCGGCGACGAUGCACGGCGCGUUCUUGUCCGGCGUGAGAGAGGCGGCGUUGAUA